GAUGUCAAAAGCGGAACGGUCUGCACAGUGUACUUGUUUGUGAUAUGUUUAAAUUUGUUCCGUAAAUCGUUUCAAAAGGAGGAAGUUCAACCAAUUCCGGAUUUUAAUCGUAUUUACAGAAUUUACAGGUGUGUAACCGAUCACAUGCCGUUUUGUGGAUGGUCACGUGACUUAAACAUCAUAUGAUCAGUGCAGAGCAACAACACGAUGGGUCACUUGAGUAUUUUAACGUUACCUCUUUUUUUAUUUUUGAUCGGACAAUGUUAUUGUCAAUACGAGCCCACCUGGGAAUCAAUUGACUCGAGGCCUCUACCGGAAUGGUAUGAUCAAGCCAAAUUCGGGAUCUUUAUUCACUGGGGAGUGUUUUCUGUGCCCAGUUUUGGCAGUGAGUGGUUCUGGUGGUACUGGCAGGGCCGGCGGAUCCCCUCUUAUGUCGCUUUUAUGCUUGAAAAUUAUCCACCUGGAUUCAAAUACACAGACUUUGCAUCGCAGUUUCAGGCCGAGUUCUUCGAUGCCAAGGAGUGGGUUGAUAUUUUUGCCUCAUCUGGGGCCAAAUAUAUAGUCCUGACAACCAAACAUCAUGAAGGUUUUACGCUGUGGGGUUCGAAGUACUCGUGGAACUGGAAUGCAGUGGAUGUCGGACCCAAACGGGAUUUAGUGGGUGAGAUCGCCACUGCUCUGCGGAAAUACAGUGACUUGCGUCUGGGGCUUUACCAUUCCCUGUUCGAGUGGUUUCAUCCUCUGUACAACGAAGAUGCUAAGAACCACUACAACACCACUAAGUUCCCUACAAUGAAGACUUUGCCUGAGCUGUAUGAGAUAGUCAACCAGUACAAACCUGAAGUACUGUGGUCUGAUGGAGAUGGAGAUGCACCCGACUCUUACUGGAACAGCACAGGGUUUCUCGCUUGGCUUUAUAAUGAGAGUCCUGUUCGUGACACCGUCGUGACCAAUGACCGCUGGGGUUACGGCAGCAUAUGUAAACAUGGUGGAUUUUACACCUGUUCGGAUCGAUACAACCCGGGACAUCUGCUGAAACACAAAUGGGAGAACUGCAUGACCAUUGACCAGAAGUCAUGGGGCUACAGGAGAGACGCCAAACUCAGUGACUUCCUCACCACUGAACAUCUGAUUGCUACUCUUGUUGAGACAGUGUCAUGUGGAGGGAAUUUACUGCUGAACGUGGGGCCGACACACGACGGUCGCAUCGUUCCCAUCUUUGAGGAGAGGCUACGACAGAUAGGCCAGUGGCUCAGCGUGAAUGGAGAGGCGAUAUACAACACCAGCGCAUGGAGAGUUCAGAACGAUACCGUCACUCCUGGAGUUUGGUACACAUGGAAGCCCAAAGAGAAUGUGAUCUAUGCUACCUUCCUUUCGUGGCCAAAUAGUGGAUAUGUUGUAUUAAGUGACCCUAUUGUUUCAGAAUCUAAGACUCAGGUGAUGCUGCUUGGUUAUAAACCUCUACAGUGGGAUUCAGUCAAGCCUUCAGGACUCAGGGUUUAUCUGCCCCAGCUGACCCUCAAUCAGAUGCCUUGCUCCUGGGCCUGGACUCUACGACUUACAGGUGCAGCGUAGCCAACAGACAGCAACACAGUUAUCGGUUUCUCUCAGGACUAAUGGAUGUCCAUUUGAAACACAAGAGCUUUUCAUGUAAUCAUUUUCAUUCGAAUAAAAUGCCAUUUCUUUCAGUGUAAUACAAACUGGAGGAAUUACUUAUAACUUUGCACAUUUUUUUUAUUUGCAGCAUUUAUUGUGUUUAUCUAAUAAUCACUAUUACACUUAACUUUUACUUAGGGGGGUUAGUGGUAACACUCUACAAUAAGGUUGUAUUAGUAAACAUAAGUAGAUGCAUUAACUAACAUGAACAUACAAUGAACAUUAUUCAUGUUAGUUCAACAAUUACAAUGCUUAAUUUUCCAACCCUGGUUUCACAGACAAGGCUUAAGGUUAGUCCUAGAAACUAAACACAUGUUUGAGCUGUUACAACCUAAAAUAACUCGCACUGACAGAUCUUAAAAUAAGCCAGUGUCAUUGAUUUGUCUUAAGAUACACACCAGUAAUGUCUUUUUCUAAGGCUUGCUUAAACAUCUUAAUUAAACUAAAGCUUAGUCCUGGCUUUAGUUAAGUUUUGUCUGUGAAACCAGGCUUGAAUGUAUUAGUAAAUUCUGAACUAAGAUUAAUAAAUGCUGUAGAAGUAUUCUCUAUUCAUUGUUAGUUAGUGUUAGCUAAUGCAUUAACUAAUUAUUAAUAAAUGCAACCUUUUUGUAAAGUGUUACCGGGUUGGUGAUUCAACAAGGGAUUUAACUUUUGUGUCAGACUUAUCCUGCACUAUUUCUGCCAUGGACAUUAAAGAUACCUCACAUCGGAUUUGAAAAAAAAAAAGGAAAAAUCCCACUGAAGGAGUGAUCUGCAGUGAUAUAUUGACCAGAAUAUUAUAGGGACUCAGGGAAACUUGCUAAAUUUAUUGUUACAAAAUUAAAUCUUGUUUAUAUGAUUCUGUUUAUACAUCAAUAAAUGUAACAGUUUUAGUAUCUAAAAAACACUGAAACGUAAUGAAAGGUGAAUUCUUUUAUAUCAAAGAGCCUUAAAUAUGCACUAAAAAAUGCAAAAAAAAAUGAAAUUGUUUUGUUAAGUCGGAUGUAUUUGAACUAGGGAUGCACCAAAACCAAUAUCCGGUUACUAAGAAUGACAUCUACCAUUACUGAUAGAUUUGCUGAUAGAUUUUCUUUUUACUCCUUAUUUCUAUGUUGUGAAUUCCCAGAAUGUCAUCCAAUUCAAAAUAAUCACACAAUUUGAGUUCUGAUGCAUUUUUUUGCCCAUUUUGAUCACCAGAAUAUUAUCUCUCAUGAUCAUCAGCUGUUUUAAAAAAAAUUGGUCGAUGACUGAUAGUGGGAAAAUGUGCUUUGUUCAUCUGCCAAUAUUGAAUAUAGUCUCAUAUCGGUGCAUCCCUAAUUUGAACCUGUUUUUUAUGAUAAAUCUUUGAUUGUUUGUUUUGAGAUUUGCACAAAUAUAUUUUCAAUGAAUAAACAGAUUUUGCAUUGUGAAA